AUGGCGCACAAAGAACCUCCCAUGACGGAUGACCACCCAUCCAUGGCUACACCAGACUCGCCCGGCUUAUUCCUUCAACGUGAAAGUAAGAAGCCAUGCCUUGAACCGGAUUUGAAUGACCGACGAGAAUUUUUGAGCCUUCCUGGAGAGAUACGGAAUCUUCUCUACGACUUCCUCUUUGCAUCGACCAGGCUGUCCUCUGGCAGGCGAUAUGUUCACAAAGGAAAAUGGAGACGGAUCAAGUCAGCACCACAUUCCCUCGCAAUUCUCCGUACCUACCGCCAGAUGUAUGAGGAUGCCAGAGGUCUAUGGAUGAGUCAAGUCACCUUCAGCUUUAAGCAUCCGGAUAGCAUGCCUGAGAAACUCUUUUAUCGACCACCGUCAGUGCUAUCCCAAAUCCGCCACAUUCGCAGCCAUCUCGCCUAUCUGGAUCUCGAUGUUACCACUGAGGCUCACAAAAAGUGGAGCAAGCGCUUUCUAUAUGAAGUGGAAGAGUACGAGCUCCCUUCAGCAUUCCAGCUGCUAUCGGGCUUGCGUCUGAAAACAAUUACUGUCUUGGGGUGUGAAUUCGAGUUCUACGAGAACCUGGACAAUAUCUUUGAGUUCUUUAUCGAUGAUAGCCAUUGGAAGGAGCUUCGAUUCAUUACCCCCCGUGCAGGUUCCAUGAGUCCCUUCGAGGUGCGCAGCGAUAUCCCCGACCGGAGUCUCAAAAGCGAGCGCGCACUCUCCGAAUUUUGA